GCAGCUCUUCUUUGCAAAGCAAUAAGUUGACUCAACCUUUUUUCGACAGAAAAGGGAAAAUGGAUCUCUCAGACAUUGCGCGGAAGAUAGGGCUUUCGGAUGCCAAAGUCUUAAUCCGUAAGGCUGAAGAGCUUCGGCGUCUCAGCGACGUUCAAUUUGAUUCGUCCAUCAUCGGAGUCGGAGAGAAUUGCAAAGGAGUGAUUUGCUUGGAAAUUGCUGCUACGAGGUUGCAGGUUUUAUUUGAUCGGCAGGCUGCGAUUAGGUUGAGUGGGAUGUCGGAGAAGGCAUAUAACAGGUCAUUCAAUGCGAUGCAGAAUGGCCUCGGUGUCAAGAUGAAGCUGGACACCAGAGAAUUGGGAAUCCAAUUUGGUUGUGUUAGACUAAUUCCUUUCGUGCAGAAGGGGUUGUCUCUCUACAAGGAGCGAUUUCUCAGUGCGUUACCAGUUUCUCGGCGGUCGAGUGCAGACUGCACUCGGCCUGUAUUUACAGCUGUUGCUUUCUAUCUGUGUGCAAAAAGACAUAAGCUUAAAGUAGACAAGUUGAAGUUGAUUGAGCUCUGUGGCACAUCAGAGUCUGAGUUCACUAGUGUCUCUACCUCUAUGAAAGAUCUUUGCUUUGAUGUUUUUGGAAUCUCAAAGGAGAAGAAAGACCCAAAAGCUGUGAAAGGGAGCAGAGAACUGCUAGAUGCUUUACCUGGCAAGAGGAGACGUGAAGAUUAUGACGAUGAAUCUGGGGAGUCAUCUGUUGAUGAUGAAGAUGGGCUAGAGCUUCCAAGUUACAAGAGGCAUAAGAAAAUGGAAAAGCGUGCUUAUGAGGAGUGGAAGUCCUCUGUCCUUGUAUCCAACAAGCAUAGUAAGACAGAAGUUCCUCUCAAGCAGAAGAAGCAAGUUCGACUCAACUUCACUAAGAAAGUUCCUGAGGGGAUCAGUUUUCUUCCAGGGGAAACAUUAAUGAAAAGAUAGGGUGGAAAGUAUGAUAAUUGCUGUUCUUGCUCUCUGAUGGUUGUGAAAAUUGGAGUUGGGACAAGAAUGCUUGAGAAAGUGAAAAUUUGGUGUACAUUGAGGCAUCCUACCUUCUCUUGAAACAUUGUGCUGAAUAGAUUAAAUGUUGGAACUCUACCAGCUAUUGCAGAUUGAAUAUGAACGGUGACUCCAACUGAGAUUGCGAAAUAUAGAGUUAGUCUAGUGCAAGAUUCUCCUCUAAUGAUGUUAUUUUAUGUCUUUCUCGGUUGCGGGUUUGGAGCUAUUGUGGUGGAUGCAAAUGUAGAUAUAGAUAAUUUUUGACAUUU